AUGAUGCAAACCAGAUCGCAGAAAAGGAAGUUGUUGCAGGGUGCGGAAUGCAAAGAUAAAACCUACACAGCCCUGACUAACCAGGACAAAAGCAGUGGAGGUGAAGUUGGAGACACAGGUAUUGGUAUUGGUGUUGCAACUGAAUUUGAGGCUAAGGAUAGCAAUGCAGAGGAGAAGUUAGAUGAAGAUGUAGCUGAUGGCGAUGAUGCAGAUGUUGAUCAGAAAAAUUACGAGCCUGAAGGUAAGGCUACUGGAUCUGUUUCCGGAGCUACCGAUGGUGAUCCAGAUGAAGCCACUGCCCCUCCUCCGGACAAGUCCACUGCCGCUCCUGCAGGUGCUAAACAAAAUUUUGAUUCAAUUUGGUGUUAUCCGAGCAUGCCGAACAAAAUCUCUUUCAUUGUUGCAUGUCCUGUCGAGAGAUGCCACGAUCCAGUUGUGGUUGGCAAGGGUAGGAAGCUCUGUUCAUUAAAGGGUAACGAUCUACACAGCUUUGCAAGUUUGCGUCACAAAAGACUAUCAUCUGGUCUUGACAGAAAUGGGGGCGCGGAGCAACUUUUGCCAAGGGCACCUGAGAUCCUCCUUCAGAAGCUGAAACCGAAGCAGGUGGGGGUAAAGAAAAAAAAAGCUAGAGUGAGUAGAAAAGAACGGUAUGCAGUACCAAGCGACGACGAGGAGCCAAUGGGUACCGAUACUGAAAUGGAGUCGUCACCUACGCUGCUUGCACAACCGUCAAAAGCUGGUUGGCUGGACCUUGUUUUGCUGCCAAGGUUUCAUACAUACUGUCAAAAGAUGCGCAUGCACUACAAAACGUUCCAUAUGGGUCAUAAGCUGCCAAGUGGUUGCGAGGCAGAAUCCCUAACGAGGAUGAGGACCAACGUCGACAUGUGGAAUACUAGUCAUCCUGACAGACAGAUUAAAAUCUCUGUCUUCCAGCAAAAUUACAAGGAUGUUUGCUCUGAACAGCUGUUGGAUGAGAUGAAAUACUUUGUUUUGGACGACAUGCAGAAGGACAAUUUGUGGCAGCGGAUUAUUGAAGACUACGAUGAGAAAGCAAAAAAAGAAGUAGUUGAUGGACACUAA